AAAAAAAAAAUACACCUUUUCUUAAAUCAGACGGUGAAGAGCUUCCAUUUCUCCAUCUGAGUCCAUCCUUUAUAAACCCUGAGGAAGCCCAUUUCAAGCAACUAGAUUCUUCUUCUAUCGUCUCUCUCGUCUCAAUCCCUGCAAGCGUGUCACCACUGCGAGUGUGACUCCGAUAUAAUUCGUGGAAUCAAUUUUCCUAAAUUUUUUCAGGGCUGAUUUAAGGAAGGAUAAUCAACUACAAUGGCAUCAAGGAUGGCUGCAAGGUUUGUGCCUCGGAGGUUUUCAAGCAGUGGAAAAGUUCUCAGUGAGGAGGAAAAAGCUGCAGAGAAUGUUUACAUCAAGAAAAUCGAGCAAGAGAAGCUGGAGAAGCUUGCACGUAAAGGCCCUAAACCAGAAGAGAAGCCAGCUGGAAGCUCAGGGGGCUCAGUCUCUGAUGCCAAACCAAGUGCCUCUUCCUCUGGAGCAUCAACAGCCAAGGUAUCGACUGACAAGUACCGGAAUUAUGCUGUUGUAGCUGGUGUUAUGACUGCUGCUGCUUCUGUCGGUUGGUAUCUCAAAGCUAGUCGGAAGAAGGAAGAAGUGCAGGACUGAGAUUGACGUGAUUUGAUGUGGACUAUCGAAGCUUCAGUUGUUAUAACUAGUUCUGGUAGAGCACAGGAAUCAUACAAGCUGUGAACCUUCUCUGUUUGUGUUCCGGAUGUAUACUGUUUUGAGUUCCGCAAUAUUCUCAUGACCUUUUCUGUUUCGGGAAAUACAUGCGUAAAUGAUAGGAGCUUAGCACUUGGUUUUCCAGUGCGAUUGUUUUUCCAUCAUGUUAACAAGUUAACAAGUGGGUGGAAAAUGGUGUUGAAUUGUGUUACCAAUAGACUUGGCAUUCGUGUUGUGUUUUCUGUGUUCGUGUCGUUUUCGUGUCAUACCCACGUGUUACUUGCUUGUAUACUCGUUAAAGAACCCGUUAUCGGGUCACCAGAUAAUGAUCCGAUAAGUUAUCGUGUUGAUUCGAAAUAUGUUAUUUUCA